AUGUCGGACGAGGAUCUGCGAGGUUCUUAGCUCGAUUUGGUUUUAUUUCUCUCGAUAUUUAUGUAAUAUUCUUUUGCGAUACUUUUUCCAUUUAGUUGUGGUUAACAUGACUGUGUCUUGCUUGCAACUUUCUGCUCGUAGACACCGAUACAGGGAAGAAGAAAGGCUUCUUCUCCAGCCUGAAGCGCUCGAAGACAAAAGGAGGCCGUGGUAGGAAAAACACCAAAUCGAGCUCCAUGCCGCAUCUUCCUCAGUCUUACGCUCAGAUAAAUGGGAAUGCUGUUAAACGUACUGAUCAAUUUAAUAUUUCUCAACCAGCUAAAGGUGGUGCCGAAGAAGAUGGGGCUGCACCUGUACCUUCACCUAGUGAGGCCGGAGGUUUAACGGAAUGUCCCGCUCAAGAUGUCUCGCCCGGCUCAUUGGUAUGUUGGCCAUGACAUAUUUUUAGUUUUAGAAAAGUUUAACAAGAAAGAGCAAAUCGACGCUUAAGGAAGAAUCCUUUGUUGUAGAUUGCCCGUCGAACUCGAUUGUUGUUGUCAUGCCAUCGACAAUUUCCCCUGGUUUCAAAUUUCAAGGGUUUUCCCUUUUACCUGCUUUUAUUGAUGAAACCUUUACAUACCAUUAUCCAUCCUAUUUUUAAGGCUGGUGAUGUAGCCAGAGCUGGAAAAUGUGCAUUCUUUUCUCUAGAAGUAGAGUUAAAAGAUGGCAGAGACUUGGCAGCCCGAGACAAAACAGGUACCUGUAUUUUUAAUACACCAGUUAUGAAGAAAAAUAUAUCAAGCUCAUUUGAUAUUGUGUUUCUCAACAACAUAUUCUGAUUCUUGAUUUCUUCUGAGAUACUCUGCUAAUUUUUAAAAGUACCAGCAUAAGAUAAAUUAAAUCUUUGUUUUCAAAUUUUGGAUAAUAUAUAAACCAUAACAGAUUAAACCUCUAAGACUAAGAAUUAAAAUUCGCUAAACGGAAUGAUAUUUGUAAACAAGUAGCUUGCGGAAUGUUUUGAAUUCGGAUAAAACUAAGCCAACAUAAUCUGAAAAAGAGACUUCUUAAAGAUUUGAUAUCGAUCUUUAGUUCUUUUCGAUUUACUGUACAACGUAGAACUUUACCAUCCUCAUUGCUCAUUUUGGUUGGAUAUAAUUUUUAGGAAUAUUAAUAUUUUUUUAGUGUUAAUAAGAUUUAAUACGUUGUAAACGUCAGUGACUCAUCACUUAAUGACAACUUUGCCUAUAUUAUUUGAACAAUUUAAAAAAGUUCAACUUAAGUUUUACUCUGACUAAGUAUACCUAUUAAGUCGCAAAUAUUGAACUUUAAUACCUUAGUGACUAGCUCUACUUUGAAGCAUGCAUUUUAUUUCCUUUGUUUGCAUAUGGCUGAACUGUCCUGUGGUAAAUGUAAAAUAAGUGACUACUGUAUGUGAUGUUGUGGUUAAUAUCCAUCGUGUUAAGAAUACAGUAGUUUCACGAGAAUCGCUUGGAGAAUUGUGUGUUUUAAAUUUCUAGAAACUUUGUGGGACAUUUUAUCAGUUAACACCCUAUUCUAUUAUUAAUUAUUAAUCAAUUUUUCAAACAUGGCCUUAGACUUACUAUGCAACAGCACAGCACUAGUUCAGAUGAAGAACUUUGUAUUAACAUGUCUCAAAGACAGACAACUGCAUGACUGUAGUAAUCAUCCUUGACAGACAAUGUUCUGUUGGUUGGUUAUUGGUUGAAAGGUUGUUGAAUUAUAUUAAAAAGGAUAGCUAAUUGACAGAUGUACAGGUAUCUAAACAGGUGGUCUACUUGAGGAACCAAUAUAAUCAAAUGCAUAAAGUCUGACAUGUUGUCCUUAUAAAUACACAUUAUGUUUUAUUGGAGAAAAUUUUUUCCAGUCCUUUGCAGUGAUAAAAAAAAAAUUCUCCCUUUCUUGGAGUCACUUUGACUCCUUUUCCACAAAUUUUGGAGUCAUUUUGGAAAAUGUGGAUUUAAAAAAUUUUAAAAAACUUUAUUUUUUAUGAGAAGUAAGAAAACUGAAUGUUACGCUGUCUUACUUUCGUUUUACUGACUAUGGAUUCAUCAUAAAUACACCAACUUUCAUUUUGUCUUUUCCCUGUACAUGCAACCAAUCUGAUAUUAGUUAAUGCCUUUUUUGAUAAGUUCAUAGCAAUAUCAAAGUACCGUUACCAAUCUCAAGUCGUAAGUGUCAACAUUGUCGGAUUUUGGUAAUACAAUGCUGAGAUGUUUUUUUUGAAGAUGAAGACUCCAUUUUGAACAUGUGGAAGGUAGAUACUUAAUACAAUUAUUACAUGAAGAAUAUGAACAAAGGACAACUUAUGACCAGCAAGUUUGACGUUCCAAAAUGGUGGACAAACUAGCAGUCUUGAAUAUCAACACAAAGAAGCUGUAGAAAACUUCAUUUAUCAAGGAAAUGAUGAAAUGAUGCCACAAGACUGCAAUUUCCUUCAACCGUCUGUAUGUGGUUUCAUUAGGAAUCUAACAAUGUUUACAUUUUGCCUGGCAGAUUUUUAACAUUUAGCUCAAUAAUUAAAUUUUAUAUAUCAUGACUCUACGUUGGAGUCAAGAUCAUGACUCCUUGUGCGAAAUUUUUGGAGUCAUGGAUAAAUUUUUGGCAUAAAACAUAUUUGUAAUCCCUGGCUUUGUAAAAAAUUCAUAAUGCAUGCACCUUCAUGUUUCUAAAGAAAUGAUUGAAAUUAUUUGUAGAUGUUAUAAACAUGUAUCCAAAAAUGCCCAUUUCUUGAAGUACAUGUUAUCCAAACUGUGAAAUUUCUAAGGAUGUGUGCAUAAUAAAUCUUUUGUAUGUUUCUCAGCACUCAGUUUCUGUGGUCUAAUCUGCUGAGGUGCAAAUAGUACUACAGUGUAAAAGUGCAGUAGUAAAAAACAGACUUAAAGCCAAAAAGAGUUAAUGCAUUAAUAUUUGUAGUGAUUUGUAGUAUUGAUGAUUUCUCCUCUUUCCUGAAUUAGAAAAUGCAACAUUUCCAUUGAUAAUUAUAAUCUCAUCAAAUGGAUAGCACACACUCACUUACUCAGUCUGAAACUUUGGUUCAUCCUCGGUGUAAGAACCUGUUAAACUCACCGGUGACGUAAAACAAAGAAAACAAAGAAGUCAACACAAUAAAACCCAGAAAAACAAAAGGUACAAAACAAAGAAAAAGGUUCACAGGUUACCAAGGUAAAACCUGAAACUUUUGCGUAACUUGACAUCACAGUCUCAAUUCAUGCUUCUCUCAGUUUUGAUACGAAAUUUCACUGGUCAAAAUUAAAUUCAGUUUAAAAUUUUUGAAACUCAGAUUGAUUCUCUAUUUCCUUUGUCUCAUAGCCCUUAUCAUUCAUGAAUUAGGGCCAGGAGACAAAGGAGAUUGAGAAUCAAUCAGUUUAAAAGAAGUGAACGUCAUGAAUUUAAUUUUGACCUGUAACAGAUAUUCAAGCAAAGUUUUUCAUAUUCACAUAAACCAGUUCGACCAAUUAUUAUUGCAAUAAUCAAGCUACUUUGUAAUUUUUUUAACAUGUAACUUUGUAAUAGUUUGUCAUAAUAAUAGUAAUAAAUUAUUAAUACAGGGUAAUAAUGGAAAGAAUAAUAACAAAUAAUAAUAAUAAUAAUAACAAUUUAAUGAAGUAAUACAGAUAAAUUCAGCAUAAUUAUAAGCAGGAUAAUGCUCUUGAGUUUUGAAUAUUUAUUUCACUAAUAUUGUUUUAAAGUUGAGUUUUCUUAGCAGGUGUCUCCUGUUUUGGUAUGUCAUAAAGUUAAAUAUUUUAAAUAAAUACAACACUAAUAAGCCAAAAUUAAAUGCUUUUACUAAUGGUAUUUACAGUUGCUAUAAUUUUUAAAGGUGCUGAAUUUAAAACAUCAAGUCUUCGUUCUUACUUUAUGAAAGUUGACAGUAAUUUGUUUGGAUAUUCUUACAAAAAACUUUCUUUUUUGAAGAACAACGACUGCAAGUACAUUGAAGUAAAACCCAUGAAUAAGAGAUUUUCUGUUGUCAUUAACAGAUUGGAAAUGGACUUUUAUCUUUUCUUCCAGGGCUUGAUUAUUUCAGAGUUGAUUAUUUUUUAAAAAUGAACACUCAGCAUGUGACUAUAUAUGUGUGCAUUAAACUAUUAUUAGUUUGCAGCUGGUGGCUCUCUCGUGGCAUUUAAAAUGUUGUUAACUGUGGUCAUUUUAUUAGAUUCUUUUAGUGUGGAAUUUCUUCAUGAAAAGCCAGUUACUAAACCUAUCACCAGGGCACCAGGUUUGAUUUAAUCCUAAACAAAACAUAAAAAGAUAAACUUUUUUCUUAAAAUAGUUAAAAUAAACAUUACUUCACAUAACAUUAAGUGACUGCAUAAAAAUGGUUACACUAAAUUUUUUUUAUUCUUCAAUGUAACAGUUCAGUUGACUUCAUUAACAUAAGAACAUUUACAUGUAAUGAAUAGUAUACAAUGUAUUUCAAAUUUAUAAACAAUAAAUUUAAAUUUAAAUUUCAUAAAUUAUAAUAGUGUUAAUAAAUAAAAUAUUAUUAAUAUGCGAAAAACCUAAACUGCUUACUAAGGCCUUAUACACUUAACACCUAUGACAAUUUAGUGAUAUCAUUCAUUUCUUAAACAGUGUUCUCACCAGAAUUUUGUGAUUUGUGGCCUAAUGACACCAGGCGUUGAAGCGUCUGGGCCAUUUAAAACAAAGAAAUUAUGGGUCACAAGAGUUCUCUCAGUUUGAAGUUUCCAACUGAAAUUUGUGUAAUACUACAAACACUGGAAUAAAACCAAAUGUCCUAACCAAAUAUUGUUGUUUAUAGUCGUACUAGAUAGAAAACAACAAUAAAAUAUUGCUCAUAUAAUCAAACUCAUAUUCCUGCCCCGAGCAGUCAAAAACUUGAUUGCCUAUUUACAACCAAAAGUGACUUUUCAAUUAAGUUGCUACAUUUCUGCACCCUGAGGGCCCUUAGACUUUUUUAGUGCGCCAUUUCACUAAAAAAUGCGUGAAUCCCGCAAUGGUGGAGUCUAGUGAAGACACUGCUUAAAACAUGUUUUAAAACUUUUUAUCAAUAUAGAUAUUUAUUUUUUUCUUUACAGGCACCAGUGAUCCUUAUGUGAAAUUUAAAACUGAUGGAAAACAGAUAUACAAAAGUAGAACUGUGCAAAAGAACUUAAAUCCUCAGUGGAAUGAGAAAUUCUGUGUACCUAUUGAAGAUAUAACUGUUCCUCUUAUCUUAAAAGUACUUGAUUUUGAUCGAGUUGGCAAUGAUGAUCCAAUGGGAAGAGCUGUUGUGGAUUUGUCAGCAAUUGAAAUUGAGAAGUAAGUUUCCUUAUUAUUUUAAACCCCUUAUCUUUAUUUUAUGAUACACACUAGUAGGUGUGUAAAAUAAUAUUUCUUUGUUUGAUAGAACGUACAGUUACAUUGGGGUGCUGUUUCACUAUUUAAAAGCUGUUUUAAAGCCAUGCAUUCAUAGAAAUAGCAAUAGAAAAGAGAAAAAAAUGCAAGCAUUAAAAGGUUUACUGUGAAACUCACAAAACUGUGAGCACCAGAAAUAUUUGUGGAAUGUUAUUGUGUUGCGAGGAAAUACUAGCCAAUAAGGCGUGAGAUAACUAAACUGCAAAGAGCAACUGUAAUUAGUUUGUGGUUUUGAGGUUUGCUUGCAUGUCCUGAACUUUAUGUGAUUGGUCACUACACAAUCAAUAUUGGACCUGAAAUAUUUCAAGUGUUCAUGGUUUUCUGAGUUUGACAGUAAAAUGUUUUAAGUACAUGUGUACCUGUACUUCACUUUUGUGACAUGGUUGUGUGUGCCAAACUGGCCUGAGCUACAUGUACCAUUGUAUCUGAAAGUUGUUGAGCAAACACAGUUGUGCUUAUCCUCCCUUUUUUUUUUUCUUAAUAAUGUAAUAUUUAUGAACUCAGACCUACAGAAAUGAUCCUUGACCUAGAGGACCCUGAUGGAGGAAAAGAAAAGUUGGGUCAGAUUUGUGCAAUCUUUACUGUUCAGCCAAAGAAUUUUGAGGACAGGCAAGAGGUAAAUAUAACACAUAAUUAUCCAUAAAAACUGUUUAGAGGGUAUUUCCUGGAAAAGUGAAGUCGAGGAGUAAAGGCCCUAGACCUCAGCUCUACACAGCUUUGUAAUUACUUUGACACAGAAUUUAUAAUUUAUGUUAAUUGUACUGAUUUUUAUGGUAUAGUGCACACAUGCUUGAGUGCAGGUAUAUGGGUAAAGCUUGGGAACAGCUUAGCUUGGCUCUCUCCUUUCUUUAGACAAGGCUUGUCAUUAAGCCAAACAAGACAGCUUCUUUUUGUGGCUGGUUUUGCUGCUUAGGUACAAAUAUGGAUGUUAUUCACCAGAUGGAGACUUGCACCUCAUUAGCCUCUCCUGGAUUUUGCAAGCCUUUCUUUUUUUGUGUGAAUAAUUUUCAGAAUUUUUAGUGACUUCAUUUCAAUUUAAGUCCAGUCCUUUUAUUGAUUUUUCCAAAAUUAUUUUGCUUGCAGGUUUCUAAAAGAGCUUCAACUUCAAAGAAGGGCCAGCCUCCUAAAGAACCUGGCAAAGGACAACUGUGGGAUGGACUGGUGUCCAUUAUUCUUGUAGAGGGCAAAAAAAUGAUCCCCAUGGAUGAUUCAGGUGAGGAGAGGACAACUUGACUGAUCAAACGGUUACAAAGCAAGAAACUGGAAUUUUGUAAACUAAAGUAAUAAAGUAAAAAAACUUAUUGUUGUGAAUUGCUGUACUUAAACGUGCGGUCCAAGAUCUCUUGUCGGAGACUAUACCUGUACAUCUGUUCACACAUGUAGUUAUGCCACUUUAUGCAGCCAUUCUGUUUCAGAUACAUAAUACUCUUGCAUUGCACUGGAGUUUUAACAAAACUAACAUAAAUAAAACUUUUUAAUUUUUAGGUCUUAGUGAUCCUUACUGUCGUUUCCGUUUGGGAAAUGAAAAGUACAAAACAAAAGCCUGCAAAGAGACUCUAAGCCCACAGUGGAAAGAACAGUUUGACUUGAAGAUCUACCCUGACUCUCCCAUGAUGUUGGAGGUGACCGUGUGGGACAGAGAUGUUAGAAAAGAUGAAUUCAUGGGAAGGUAAAAUGUUUAUUAUUCUCAUGUUUGUUCCUCUGUGAAUUGAUAUCCACAAAACAGCAUACUUUUUCUCAGACGAUGCUGCACAGGAACCCUAAUCUUUGUUUAGACCAGGGAGACCAUUCAAGAUGAAGGAAUCUUAUAAACAAUGAAUCGGAGGAGUUACAUAAAUCUCAUAAAAUAGCUUGAAAGUGAGGGGGUUUGUAUUUAGAUGUUUUUAAAAAUCGUGUCCACUUGAGGGAAUUUUUGAAAAAAAAAAAAAGAAAGUAAAGAAAGCAGAAAGUACUCCCUUUCCAUACAUUUUUAUUGUUUCAACGACCAUAAAUGAGUGUGGGUAAAAUCAAAAUAUCCGUUUGAUAGCCACCAAAACCGUAUUUAACGAAAAUAAAAAAAGAACGGCUAGAUAAGAUUUCCAAAAACCUGAAGACGAUUGGCAAUAAGUAACAUCAACAAUACAAAUGCUUCACAAUGUGUACGUCCCAUGAAGUUGAAUUUCGUGAAUAGUGUUACGUAGUGUUUUUCCCUGCCAACCUCAGCCUUUUAAAAUGGACCUCCAUAAGAAAAUAGAGAUGCCAUAGUCUUUAGAACUUGUGCAGAGUUUUUUUGGAAAACCUGGUUUCUCUGAGUGGUAACCUGAAAAUCUACUCAUCUGUUUCUGAUUGACAGGUGUCAGAUUGAUCUAUCAACACUCGAACGGGAAAAGUCGCAUAAAAUCGAGGCAGCACUGGAGGAUAAUGCAGGGAUUAUAGUAAUGCACUUAUCCAUUACAGGAUUGGACGCACCGGGAUGUGAAUCAGACUUAAAUACAUUUAUAGAGAAACCUGGACGACGACAAGAGGUCGCUAAACAGUUCAUGUUAAAGAAUACACCCAAGAAGAUUAAAGAAGUUGGUUGGCUUCAGGUAAUAAAUAUUGUGGAUUAGGUGAAGCAAAACUUACUAUUGAUGUACUGCACCCGCCCUGUUUGUAUUAAGCCUUUGAGCACUGUACAUUGUAAACCCUCAUCUAUAGUUAGUAGUUUUUAUUUAAUUCCCCCCUCCAAUCUCCCUUCGAUCGAGUUAGAGAAAAAUCUGAAAUAUCAGUGAGCCUCUUGAUCUUGAUCGUUUCAGCACAGGGUUUCCAGACUCACAACAGCCUAUUGUAUGGGAAUUUAUUGCACUGAAGAAUUCUAAGUAGGUGAGAAACCAAAACACUAAAAUUUGCUAAAAUAGCGUUUAUAGGGCGGGAAACAGUAAGAAAACAACACAGACACAGCUCUUUGUGAGGUAUGUGUACUUAAUUAGCUGUUUGUGUAGAUUUUAACCGUUUAUCGACCGUACGAUAAAUUCCCAUACAAAUCCAUUUAAUGUGACUUCCACUAGGCAGUUGUGAGUCUGGAACCCUUGUGGUUUGAGGAGUAAGUCCCGCUUCAGGACGCAGGUCUCUGGGUUAAUUACGUUAUAGCUGUAUCUUGUAUUAUUGCUUUAACUAAUAUUUGUGCAGAGAAUAAAAUUGUAGUGUAAAAAUUUGUUUCUUCAUGACAGGUGAAACUUCAUCGUGCUGUUGGACUGGCUUCAGCUGACAUUGGAGGAACCAGUGAUCCAUUUGCUGUGAUUGAGCUUAAUAACCAGCGUCUAGUCACCCCAACUUUGUACAAGACUCUUAACCCUGCAUGGGACAAAAUCUAUGAAAUGUAAGUUCAACCAUACUCGACUUGAACUGCUUCACCAUGACCUCAUGUAAUCAUCCAUCUCGAAGUAAAUAAACUAAUUUUAUAUUUUACCGUCUUUCGCAGGACUGUCUAUGAUAUUCACGACGUUCUAGACAUUACUGUUUUUGACGAGGACAAGAGAGGCGCCCCCGAAUUUCUUGGCCGAGUAGUCAUUCCACUACUACAGGUAAAUUAAGGCAGUUAUAGAGAGUUGUUUAAUCAUUUACAAGGUAUCUGCUGUACCGCUCUAGUGACUUAGGGAUUGGCGUAUGAGACUAGAACCGACUGGGUUCCUUAUUGGAAUAAUUUUUACAGUAGAGACAUCGAGUCUGAAAUUGCCACUUGUUAAAUGAAUAUGAUCUUGAAAAAAGCGAAAUUUUCCUAACUUCAACUUUACCGUAUUUAUUCGAUUAACCGCCCUGGGCGCUUAUUAAAUUUUUGGACCUUGAGACUGGGCGCUUAUUCGAGGUGGGCGCUUAGACGAGACUGGGCGCUUAUUAAAUUUUCACCAUUUUCAGCACGUGAAGUAUGUUUAUUUUGUAACAAAACAAUAAAUGCUAAUGACAAAACUCGAAGAAGUAACAAAGCAAUGUUUCUGUAAAAUACUCUGAAGAAAAUUCCGUCCUCGGGGAAGUCUCUUAUUAGAAUUUAUUCACUCAAGUGGGUCGGGUGGGGGUGAGCGCUUAUUUGAGUUUGAUUGGGAGGAGGAGGGGUGGGCGCUUAUUCGAGGCUGGGCGCUUAUUAACUCUUUCUGCCUUUAAGAUGAGCGCUUAUUCGCGGUGGGCGCUAAUUCGAGGUUGGGCGCUUAUUCGAAUAAAUACGGUAAUACUUUUUCAGCAACAACUUAACAUGUACAACAACUGUUUGUAUUACAAUCGUCACCCGAAAAUAGCAUGGCUAAAAUCGCGGGUGCAAACUACAUGUACAUGAGAAAAAAGAAGAUAAGGUGCCAUUAAUUCUUCAAGACCCAAAAGUCAAUCGAAUGAAUGAAUUGCGGUACUGAUUAAAAGACUAUUAUAAUGGUUACAUUUAUCCCUAGGUUACCCCCGGUGAGAAGCGUUUGUACCAGUUAAAGAAUAAGAGCUUGGAAGGCAGGGUCAAGGGUCACCUUAUUCUUACCCUUGAUGUGGAUUAUAAUCCAAUACGGGCUGCGGUUAGGACAGUCAAUCCAAGGGACCCUAAGAUCAUGUUUGAUCCACCUAAAUUCAAGAGAGCGGUAAGGAAUUGCGUUUUGAGCUUAUUUGAAUCUUCUUCUCGCAGAAACUUUAAUUCGGUAGUGAAAAAGCGGAUUGAAUUCCAUUGUCUACCAUGCGGUUUCCUUUUUUUUCUCUUUUUGAUGAACAUUUGUUUUUCACGUGUUUUUGUUUUCAGUUGUUGCAGCGUAAUAUUGACCGCGUGAACAAACUUGUUGCAAGUCUGGUAUCGACUGGGGCAUUUGUCCAGUCGCUUUUUACGUGGCAGUACAAAUUUAGGAGUGCUUUUGCUUUUGCAGUAAGUAUAUUGGUUUAAUCUCCUUUAUCCAUCCACAAGUAUCUGUUUUACGCGCGUUUUACGAGAUCCAUUGAUUUUGCCUUUCAGAUCUACAUUAUGCUAUGCCUGAACUUUGACUUCUACAUUAUACCGCUGACCCUCCUACUAACGUUCCUCAAGCAGUAUGUGAUGUGUAUGUUACUUGCAGACAGAAAUGUGAACCCUGAAGAACAGGUGCGGCGUACUCAUAUUCAUCAGUUUUUGAAAAAAUGUGGAACUUGAGUCAUGUUUUUUCAGGUCUUUUUUGGGCUUCCUCUUGAAGUGACAGAUCCACUUUUUGUAGUGUCGUACUGGCCUGGGAUUAUACUGAGUGUUUUUCUAAUAACCACUGUUAAUGGAGUAAAUCACCGUCGUUAGUCGAACAUGAUGUUCUGGGGUGGUACAAACUAGUACUUUCCUGCAAUUUGAAAAUCUUUCAUGUAGCAGUUGGCAGGAACCUCCGGGGAAAGUAGGAUUGUUAUGGCGCUUUGCUGGAAAUUUUUAUCAUGAUAUUUCCAAGCGAGUUUUUCUCUUGAUAUCGCACAGCUGAUCUCACCAAUAAACACACGCGUGAUGAUUUUAUCCUUUUUUACUACAGGAAGGAGCGCCAGUAGACGAUGAUGAUGACUUGGAAGAUGAAGAGGAAGAUAAAGGAAAGAAAGGGGUAGGACAUUAGAACUGUCGCAAAUAAACCGCAGUCAACUGUACUUAACACCAACAACCUCUUAACGUUUUAAUUAAGCACUUGAAGUGAGUGUCUUGCUAAACCUUGGGGAUCUUACUGGGGUUAAAGCGACCUAAGUUAUGCUCUGUUGACUUUGGAACUGGAUGGGUGCUGGGCCAGCCGCAAAUGUCCUUUCUCGUAUACUCUAUCCCUUUGUCUUUUUUUUAAUUUCAUUUCCCUGUUAUAUUCUAAAAGUGUGUAGCAAAGCAAAUUUAGCAUAGUUUUUGGCAGUUAUUGUUUGUGGAAAACAAACGGUAAGUUCGCACGCAAACUCUCCCAGUGCAACGUCCGCUGCCUGGAAAAGCUUAACAAAUUUUAAUUUAAUAUUAACUAGAAUGACUUGAGGAGUUUUACUUGCCUUACAGGACAAAGGAAAGAGUUUCAAAGAGAAGAUAGCAGCGCUAACAUCCAUCUGUCAGACUGUGCAAAACGCUCUUGAUAUGGUGGCCUCCAUGGGCGAAAGGGUGAAAAAGUAAGUCGACUGUAUGAUAAAGAGUUUCGGUAAAAUUAUAAACCACACCCAGAUGUUAGAAAAAUACCUGAAGAACACAAGGAUUAGAAAGCAAUGCUUAAUAUCCUUCAAAAUGAAAAGAACGUAAGAACUUGACAAACAGAACCUAACAAUCCGUUCAAAUGUUAUUUGUGCUGUAUAUGUUAGCGGUUGAUAUUCAGCGUACAUGUGACUUCUUACCAAACGUUUUUUUUUUUCUCCUUGCAGCACUUUUAACUGGACGGUGCCAUUUUGUUCGUAUUUGAUGUGUGUCAUCUUCACGUUAGGAACAGUUGUGCUAUACCUUGUACCUCUCAAGUUCUUGUUGCUUGCCUGGGGUAAGGUUUUUUUUCCACUUACUCUUCAAUGCCUUAUUCUGUUUUACAUUUCUCAGUCCUUUAGAGCAGCUCGCUGCCUUUUUUUUUGCAUUGAUUCUGUUAUUUUUUUUUUUUAUGCAAAGAUGUGAAGCGUUAAUUUAAACACGCCCUUCAGAUACCCUUCUUUUUUGUUCUCUGUUUCUAGCAAUUGUGGCUCUUAAUGUCUUUUGUUUAGGCUGCGAAACCACUAGCGCGUUAAAUGAAGGCACGGCGGAAGGGGGGUGGGGUUUGCUUGGUGGCUUCAUCCUGGGGCAGCGCGCUGAAAGCAAAACCACCCUAUCCAAUCCGUGCAGCUCCAGAGGCCAUGUUAUCUCAGAUACAUGUGGCAAACCUUCUGAAAAUCAGAUCAUUAACAGUCCGCACAGUGGGAGACAAUACCUUUUGUUUAGCACAAGUUGCCUUGUUUAUUUAUAUUGAACUGUUUUGUUUGUGACCAGGAAUAAACAAGUUCACGAAAAAGAUCCGUAAACCAAAUGCUGUCGACAACAACGAGCUCAUGGACUUCUUGUCACGAAUUCCUUCAGAUGUUGAAGUGGUACGUUGAAUCACCCCAUCUCUCUGAAAUCACUGUUCUGGGAUUGUCCAGCAAUACGCCAAAAACUGCGGAUCCCAUAAAAAUAAUCCCCCGUGAAAUAAAUAUUACGAAAUAUAGUCUAUUUUAAUAAAUUUAACGUUGUCAACCCUGUUGCGACCUAGCCUCCUAAGUGGAGCGGGCGAAAAGGCUUGGCCUGGGUGAGAAAAAAAAAUACGGAUUCACGAAGAUUUGUUUCCAUGAAACGCAAAGAAUUGAAACAAUCCGCAAACAACUGAAACAAUCCGCGAAAUAAAACUUUUCGUGAAAAUCAAAUGGUAUUCAAAUACUUGAGUUAAACUUUUGGUAAAACUUCCUAAGAACCUUUCUAUUUGUUUUGUCUACAGAAAGAGCAAAAGGUGCUGAAAACAGACCCUUCACUCCGGUUGAAGAGGAUCGAUGGCUAAUGAACACGCCUCUGAUCGUCGUGCAAACAACCUAAUCAUUUAAAUAGGGGAUGAAACUGACGCGGAAUAAGGAGGGGGUGUGGCCCCGAUGUGCUCACUUCCUAGAAAUGUCUUUAUCUCCAGACAGAAAACAGAUGACGAGGAGAAACAUUUGCAGCUUGAACAAUAUUGCGAAUUUAAUUCUAUUUAUUAAAUUGUACAGUAUUUAUUAUCUUUAAAGUAUUAGAAUAUGUAGCUAGCGAUAUAAAAGUGAACUGGCGUCUCUACGGGCACCUUGUGGGUAACAUGUUGCCCUUAAUUUGUUGAGACAUUUACAUUGGGAUGAGAUAUCAAUUGUGGGUUUGUCAAAUCAAUUAAUAAAUUAUUUUUAAUCUUUUUU